UUUGCGACCGCACCGGCUCAAAUUCAGUCUGGCUAAAGCUACAUCCAUAGACAGAAAAAUAUAAAUCAUAGUGUGAAAAAUACCAGAAGGGAUUCUGUUUGGGGGGGAAUCUUCUGCUCAACGCUUCAAAAUGUGAUCCAGCCACCAGACGCCUCGGAAAACAGCAGCCCUAGUUUGCUUUGAAUCAACGGUCUGUUUCAUAGUUUUGUUGCAUACUAAAGAGGGAAUCUGGAAAUUCCACUGGUAUUCCUGAGCUCCUUCACUAAAGCCGGUCUGGGGGCUGGAAGCAGGUCCCACUGUGCAUCCCCACUUGUCACUCCUGUGCACCACACUGGGCUCUGGUAGCCCCUCCAUGCCUAUGAUCCCCAUCCCACGCAGGGUGCGCAGCUUCCAUGGCCCCCACACCACCUGCAUGCACUCUGCCUGCGGCUCGGCGCACACCACCAAGCUGGUGCGCACCAAGUACAACAACUUUGACCUUUACCUGCGCUCCCGGUGCAUGUACAGCUUCCUGCGCUUCUUGCUGUACUUUGGCUGCAGCCUGCUGACCUCUCUUCUUUGGGUGCUCCUCUCUGCCCUCUUCUUCCUGCAGUACGUCAGUGUGCGCGUCCUCCUUCGGCUGCAGUACAAGCUUUCCGUCAUCCUACUUCUGCUCGGACACCGGCGCCUGGACUUUGGAGUGCUCAACGAUCUGAUCAUCUACAGCAUGCACAUCACCAUGUUUCUGGUGGGGGGACUUGGCUGGUGCUUUAUGGUGUUUGUGGACAUGUAGCUGAACUGCUGACAAUGUUGAAAAGACUGAAAGGGUGCAAUGAGCAGGCAUCAACCGGCAACUUGAGCAUCAUGUGGCACUAGACGGGAAAGUACCUGUGAAAUCUUUUGCAACUGUUGCUCAGCGCUCUAAGAUUUGUCAUCCUUAAAAAAAGAAAUUUUAUCUUGCUAGAUUUCUUAUCCAUUCAACGCCAAGUCACAUCACUAUUUCAUCUUUAUAAACAAACCAUUAGGUUUCUGUGUAGUUGAUCAUUGCCAUUGCUUGUUAAAUAUUUAAAAAAUUGUGGAAAUAAAUUACCAUAAAAAUUUUGAAAUAACACAUAGAAGCUUCUUUAAAAAAAAUCAGAUUCCGUCUUGUUCCUAUUGAUUGUGGUUGACUCAUACACUAAUAUUGACUCAUCUAAAUAAUAAAUUAUAGAAGUUGAUUAAACCAACUACAGUUUUGACAUGUUAUAUGAUGGUCAAGAAACCUCAUUUGCUUAUAGACAAUUACUUUAAACCUUCAGUUGUCGAGGCCAAUAAAAAUGGAAACAUUUUCACUAAAAUGUAAGACGACUGAGAAAACAAGUACGAAACACGGCAGGGGAGCACACUGCUCCUCCAUCCACCUGACCGGCAGUAGUUCAAAAAUUCUUUAGCUUCUGACCCACAAAAUAACAAUGAAGGAAACAAGUCUUGAUUGAGUUUAUACUUUUUAAUCAAAUUCAAUUAAACAGAGAUAAAAUAAAAAUUGGAUAACAGCUUAUAUAAUUUCAAAGAAAUUGCCUCUACUCACUAAUAAGAGCAUUUUUUAAUACAUAUGUUUCACCAUAAUACUUGUAUAGUAAAAUUUCUGAAGAGGAUCCCAUUCUGCCACUCAAGUUGAUUUGUGACUUCAAAUGAAAUUCCAUUUUAAAAAUGUACUGAUCAUCUGUUAACCAAAGUCUACUUUGUUUCUUUUCAGUUCCAAACUAAAAUCACUUUAUUGUCUGCUCACAUUAAGAUACAGACUAACUAAUUUGACAUACUGUUUAAACAAAGACAUUUGUUGGGUUAUUGUUUAAUGGAUGGAGGCCUUCAUAUGCAGUUGUUUGAAACCAUAUACAUUCAAUUUGGAAAAACAAAACACUCAGACUUACUAGAAGGGGACCAGCAACUUGUAUUUCAUCCAUUUGUAAACCAUUUUGUCAAAAUAACUGUUUGUUUUAUAAAGCUAUGACUUACUAUAACAAAAAAUGUGAAUGUCACAGUUGCAUGAAAUACUGACGUACGACUGUAUGACGCAAUUUUGUCUUUUGUUUCAACAUAUCCUGAGGUUUGCUCUAAAAGCCACAGAUAAGUUUGACUAUAUUAGGCCAUGUGCAAACAUUAUCUUUUAAAUAUACAUCUAUAUUCCAGAUUAAGCAAAUGUGCAGUUACAUGUCAACCCAUGGAAGCGAAAAAGGAGCAGUGAUGUGUGAUUUUGUGGUUAGUGUGACCAAAUGUAAAUGGAUUUAACGUGUUUUUUUUUAAACAAUUAUUUAAUAAAUAUUCUUGUCUGUUGCAUUGUUAUUUAAAAUGCAAAGCCUA